CCGCGUGGGGAGGCUGCGGGCGAGCAGGGCCCGGGGGAAGGCGGCCCAGGAGCCACAUCCCAGCGCGGGAUGGACGAGACCAAACCCCUGAAGGUGCGGCUCACCUUCUGCGUGCUGCUGGUGGGCAUCUCGCUGCUCUUCGCGGCCGUGGUGACGGACCACUGGGCCGUGCUGAGAACCAGGGCGAAGGACUCCAAUGCCACCUGCGAGGCGGCUCACUUUGGGCUCUGGCGGCUCUGCACAAAGCGGAUUCAUGCGCAGGAGCAAGGUGCCAAAGAGACGGGCUGCGGGCCCACCAGCCUGCCUGGAGCUCACAACUGCUCCUACUUCAAGCACUUCACUCCCGGUCAGAGCUCAGAGAUAUCUGAAAUCACCACCCAGAAAGAAUACAGCAUUUCAGCUGCAGCCAUUGCCAUCUUCAGCGUUGGCUUCGCAAUCAUUGGAACAAUCUGCGUCCUCUUCUCCUUCCAGAAGAAGAGGGACUACCUGCUGAAGCCAGCAUCCAUGUUCUACACUUUUGCAGGUCUCUGCAUCAUCAUCUCCGUGGAAGUCAUGAGACAGUCUGUGAAAAGGAUGAUCGACAGCAAGGAGACAAUCUGGAUGGAGUACAGCUACUCCUGGUCCUUCGCCUGUGCCUGCUCCGCCUUCGUGCUGCUCUUCAUCUUCGGAAUCGUCCUCCUCCUCAUCGCGCUGCCCCGCUUCCCCCAGAACCCCUGGGAGACCUGCAUGGAUGCAGAACCCGAGCACUGA